AUGUGUCCACUCUGGAGGCUCCUCGUCCUCCUUGAAUUGCUGGUUUCGCCCUCAGCACUGUACAACCAGCCUUGGUCCAGACUGGUCCAGGCCCACAUGGACACCAAAUCCACCCUGGCAAGAAUCAUUGCCCAGGGCCUCAUAAAGCACAACGUGGAGGACCGAAUCCAGAGCAUCCCCCUCCUGGACCACCUGAACGCCUCGGCGCAGGUGGCCCCAGGGUUGGUGGGCUGGCUCAUCAGCGGCAGGAAGCUCCAGCAGCAGCCGGACGGCAGCAUAAACAUCACCAGCAUCCAGCUGGAUGACGGCGGCAUCCGGAUGUCUUUCCUGAAGGAGUGGUUUUCCACAAGCCUCUCACUUGGACUUGAUGUUGAACUGAAACCGCCUUUCCACGAUGUCAUUCGGAUGCAUGCACGCAUGAGCCUCGUUGUGGAGUUCUGGCUGGAGAAAGACGAGUUUGGCCGGAGGGACCUCGUGAUAGGCAAAUGUCACAUGGAGCCCAGCAGCAUCCACGUGGCCGUCCUCACCGAGAAUAUUCAACCAAAGAUGAAGCCUUUCCUCCACAACCUCAGAGAGAACCUGGAAAAGGCUACCCCACGCCUGGUGGAAAGUCAGGUGUGUCCUCUGACCAGGGAAAUCCUCAGGCAGCUGGAUGUGAAACUGCUGAAAAGCCUGGUGGGUGAGUGUCUGGUCCACCAGAUUGGGGGGGGUGCCUGA